AUUCUUCGUCGUCGAACAAAACGCGGAAACAAAAGAAGUAAUCAGUUUGUCAAAAACAAAUAUCUCCGAGUUGGCACAAAGUGAGCGCAGUUGUAGCUGACAGCUGUCAAAGUUAGUACCGUAGCGCUUCCUGACCUCUACUAAAGACUUGCCAUGGCUUUGAAAAGAAUACAGAAGGAGUUAACUGACUUACAGAAGGACCCUCCAGCUUCAUGUUCAGCUGGACCUGUAGGAGACGACCUGUUUCAUUGGCAAGCUACCAUCACGGGACCGGCCGACAGCCCAUAUCAUGGAGGGCUUUUCUUCCUUUCUGUCCAUUUCCCCACUGACUAUCCCUUUAAACCACCUAAGGUUGCCUUUACUACGAAAAUCUAUCACCCAAACAUAAACAGCAAUGGUAGCAUCUGCCUGGACAUCUUGAGGUCACAGUGGUCACCUGCACUUACAGUAUCAAAAGUUUUGCUAUCCAUAUGCUCCUUGAUAUGUGACCCAAAUCCAGAUGAUCCGCUAGUCCCCGACAUUGCACACAUCUACAAAACAGACAGAAAAAGGUACGACAAAGUAGCCAGAGAAUGGACCCAGCGACAUGCAAUGUGAAAGACUAGCGUUUGAGCAACAACGAUGCAUCCCUGAACAUCUCGAACAUGACAGUACUGUUCAACUGCUUUAUCCACACUGGUUGAGGUGUUUGAUACGCUUGAAGCACUUUCUCUACUCAGACUUUACUUGACUUACCUGUUUUUACUAUUUGUUUUAUUUUCCCCUUAAAUUGGCAUUAUUAUUAUCAUUAUUAUUAUUAGAUGCGGUGGGCUGGAAUGAUUGUAUUUUUCUUUUAAGAGAUUUCUAUUGUACAAGCCUAUACUGAAUUUAUUUUUCAUUAUUUUGCAUUAAAAGCAUUAAGCAAAAAGUGUCUUGCAGUUGUGUCUUGGCAAUACCUAUUUGUGAACUGAAAUUACUGAAUAAUUGCUGGAAAAUGUUCGGCUCAGUGCACACAGGAACAAAAAUAAGUUUAAUCCCAUCAUUUACUUGACCACUAGGUGGCAGCCUUUACUUUUUGCUAGUCAAGUCUUUUUUUUUUCCAAAGGCAGUUUCUCUUUCGGACAACUUAAUAUUCAUGUUUGUGUUAGAUUUAAUUCAGACCCAUUUGCUCAAUGGUUAUUCAUGUGGAUAGUGACUAUUAUAGUGUCUUGUAGUAGCAAUGAAAUGAAAAUGAGAAGCGGUGUUCUGUAAAUUGAAAUGAGACCACCCAUUAUCUGCACCUCAGCUGCUUGCAGCACAGUCACUAUAUGCACAAUACAUGUAUGCACAAUUAUAGAGCAGCUUUGUACAAAUACAAACACAUCAGCCUAAUUAACAUUACGCUAUUUUACAACUGCUGAUUUCACAUCGUUUCAUUUUAUAAGUCACUUUACACAAAAUGGUGUAAUUUUAAUCAAGAGCUCACAUGGCACACACAAUCAAAUUAGAUUUUAAUUGCAGUUGCUUUUCAAAAUAAAGCAAUAUCUGGUAGUACUUUCAAAGUCAUUCUUGUCGCAAUAUAUUUGAUUAAUUUGUCAAGGUUAGAUUCAGACAAAAAAAAAAUGCAAUGUAUGCACUGCAGACCAGUAAAUAAGAUUUUCCUAAUGUGUUGUUUUUAUUAUAGUAAAUACACUUUUUUUUGUUGUAAAUACAGGUGAUCUCUGACAUGAGGCUGCAGUACAUCCUACAUCCCUGCAAAGUAAAAUAAUUGCAACUAUAUUGUUUACUUUUGGUGUUUUAUUAUGAAUCACAAACUGAUUUCUUGAAACACAAAAACAUUAAUAAAGCGGUUGCACAGUG